CAGAAUAGAGGCAGCGGAGUAGUAGUACUAGUAAUCGGGAUUCUACCGAAAGUAGAUAAAUGUAACCGCUACACAUGAGCUACGUUGUUUAAACUGUUUAAUGUAUGCUAUUGAUAUGUGGAAACAUUUUUCGUAAAGUUGCAUUAAGCUAUCAAGCUAAGAUGGAAAAGUACAAAAACUGAUUUUAACAUUUCUCAACAAAAGUACUCCUCAACAGGCAUUUCUAGGUAUCAUCAAAGGCAAACAAGAGAGUUUCUAUGAAGGAAGUACCUACAUUACCUUGCUGUGAAGGCUUUGAGAAUCUAGAUUUAACUAAGGUUGAUGUUUCAUUCUUGAUGGGACUGUCACGGAUCAUUGACCUCACAGACAUCAACCUCUAUGCAACUAUUAUGUGCAUCUUCUUUAAUCCAGUUUUCUGGAAUGUUACAGCCCGAUGGGAGUUCUACACAAAGAGGUUAAGCACGAUGUUUGGCAGUCCCUUCAGAGGCUGUGUGGCACUUGCUGUUCCCAUUAUCUUCUUCGUAUGUCUUAGAGAUAUCCAGUAUGAAACAACUUUGAAGUCUCAGCCUAAAUGGGAAUUGCUGCAAACAAUGCCGGUGUCCAAGACAGCAGCAUCUGGGCUCUUAGCUGUUGGUAUGACCUUAGUGAUAUGGAGUUUCUGGACUCUGGGUUUUACUGGAACAUUUUUUGGUGACUAUUUUGGGAUUCUUUUAGACCAAAAAGUAACCAAGUUUCCAUACAACAUUCCUUAUGAUCCAAUGUACUUGGGCUCAACACUCAACUUCCUUGGCCUAGCUAUCUGGCAUGCCAGUCCUGUUGGGUUUAUUUUAACUGGAUUGGUGGGGACAUCUUAUCACGUGGCACUCAAGUACGAAAGACCCUUCACAGAUGCAAUCUAUCGACAAAAGGAAUUGCGGAUAGCCUCUCAAAAAAGAGAGUUAAAUAAGAAAGAGAGUUAAAAGAUGGGUUAAAUGUUGGUAUGGGGGUGUAAACUAAUUUGUUAGAAUUUGUGAUUGGUACUAUUUCACCCAGGCACCUUACAGUGAUGAACCAUCAUUAACAUUAUGGUUGUCUUCAUCAUUUGCAUCAUCAUCUGUUCAUCCUCAUUGUCAUCACAAAUAUCAUCACAUCAUAGUCCCUAAUAUUCAUUGUUUUCAUUUAAUCAUCACCAACAUCAUCAUUGUAUGACAUCAUCAUCACCACAACUAUCAUCUCAUCGUUAUCACGAUCAUCAUCAGGCCCGUAUGUAGGAGGGAUACGACGGGUGCAUAUACACCCCCAAGGUCCACAUUUUCGGGGGUAGAAAAUUCAAGACUUACUCUAGCACAUUCCUGAAGUCCAUCCACCAAACCUCCUUGACCAAUUAGAGCAGUUUCUAAGUAGGACCGCCUUUAAUUCGUCGUACAAGCAACGACUUUCAACUGUACUUCUAUAAGCUUUUUGAGAAAUUUUAGUGUUUUCCCUGCCGCUUGCAUGUCAAAGUUUCACGUACAAACUCAUCUUACUUCUAGGUUUUUAUUCUCGAUUGGAAAUCAUCCUGAUGAUACAGCAGACGCUGAUUUAGAACUUUGCACCAUUGCUCCAUGGCGAAUGUCAGAGCAAUAAAUAAGUACUGUAGUACACAAAGAAACAUCAAAAACAAUACAGAAAGAUUAUUGGUUGUCUUGACAAACAUAUCAGAGAUUAUUGUUCGAUUUUCAAUGAAGCUUUGGAUCCUCUAACCAACAUCCAUACUUUAUUUAUUUAUUUAUUAAUUUAUUUAAUUCUCAACCAACAGAGAUAAGAACCUCCACUAACAGGUUGGAGAAAAACAUAUAGAAAGAGACAAAUAAUAACUAACAUCAAACAACCUUACUAAUUUUAAGCUUAAACGAGGAUAAACUAUCAUAAAAAAUAUCAAUUUCAUCAGAACAACUUAAAUUAUUAUAUGUAACAGCUAAGCUUUGAAAUAAACCUCUCUUAGUUACGUCAACCCGACCAAAUGGAACAUAGAUUAAG